AUGGUCAGGAAGUCCCUGGUGGCUGGGCUGGUAGUUUUGCUGGUGGCUGCAGUGGGAGUGUUCGUGGGGGUGUUCAUUGGGGUGGGAAACAAGAGCCCCAUCUCCCCCUCAGACCAUUUCUACUCGAAAGCUGCCGUGGCUGCGGAUGCUGGGACGUGCUCUGAGGUGGGGAGGGACAUCCUAAAGAGGAAUGGCUCAGCAGUGGAUGCCUCCAUUGCGGCCCUGUUGUGUGUUGGCCUCCUGAACGCUCACAGCAUGGGCAUUGGAGGGGGGCUCUUCUUCACCAUCUACAACGCUUCCACAGGGAAGGUCGAAACCAUUGAUGCAAGGGAGACGGCACCCAUGAACGCGACGGAGGACAUGUUUGGCAAUAACACCCAGCUUUCUCGGAAAGGUGGAUUAUCUAUUGCCAUUCCUGGAGAGAUCCGUGGUUACGAAAUGGCCCACAGGAGACAUGGACGACUGCCCUGGAAGGAGCUGUUUGAGCCAAGCAUUGUGUUGGCUCGCUUUGGUUUCCCUAUUGGCAAAGCCUUGGCCAAUGCCAUCUCCAAGAACAAGGAUGCUAUUCAAGGAGAUGCCAAUAUGUGUGAAGUGUUCUGUGACUCACAGAAAAACAUCCUGAAGGAAAAUGAUAUCCUUAAAUUUCCCAAACUAGCAGACACCUAUGAGAGGAUAGCAGAGGAGGGACCAGAUGUUUUUUACAACGGGACAAUGGCACAGACGAUUGUGGACGACAUCCAGGGAGCAGGUGGGAUCAUAACCCUGGAGGACCUCCAGGAGUACCAGCCUGUGUUGAAUGAGAGUCCACUGAGGCUGACCGUGGGGGAGUACACCAUGCAUGUCCCAGACGCCCCCUCCAGUGGCCCAGUGCUGGCACUCAUACUCAACAUAGUGGACGGGUAUAACUUCACUGGCACAAGUGUAUCUACCGCAGAGAAAAAGACUUUGACAUAUCACCGCAUUGUGGAGGCUUUCAGAUUUGCUUAUGCAAAGAGGAGCAGACUAGGGGAUCCACGCUAUCUCAAUAUCACUGAUCUCAUCCACAACAUGACCUCAGACUACUUUGCUGAUGGGAUCAGGAGCAAGAUCACAGAUGACACCACUCAUCCUGACAGCUACUACGAACCAGAUUAUUUUGUCCCUGACAAUCAUGGGACAGCACACCUGUCCGUCAUAGCUGAGGAUGGAAGUGCUGUGGCGGCCACCAGCACAAUCAAUCUAUAUUUUGGCUCAAAAGUCAUGUCCCGAUCAACUGGCAUCAUUUUCAAUGAUGAGAUGGAUGACUUCAGCUCUCCAUACAUGACUAAUGGCUUUGGAAUUCCCCCAUCUCCUAACAACUUUAUCCAGCCUGGUAAAAGGCCUCUCUCUUCUAUGUGCCCAACUAUUAUCUUUGACAAAGACAAUAGAGUGAAAAUGGUGGUGGGAGCCUCUGGUGGAACCAAAAUCACUACAGCGACAGCCCUUGUGAUUCUGAAUUCGUUGUUCUUUGACUACGACCUCAAAAAAGCAGUGACACAACCGCGUAUUCACAAUCAACUCAACCCAAAUAUGACUGUAGUGGAGGAUGGCUUUGAAAAGAGUGUAUUAGAUGGCCUGGCACAGAAGAACCAUGUAACAGAGAUGCUGAUGACACCUGGAUCAGUAGUUCAAGCAGUGGUGCGACAGGGAGAGCGGCUCUGUGCCGAGUCAGACCCCAGGAAAGGGGGCUAUCCAGCAGGGUACUGAGUGUGACCUAACCUUUCUUUCCAACCCUGGAGUGCAUCUCCAUAAAGAGGCAUGGACAGAACUAUCUGCAAUAAAAUGUCUCCUCAAGGAAGCACAGGCACUACAACUGAAAAUUAUUUCAAGACAAAAUGGAAAAUGACUCCCCAACAAUACCUCCUCCCUUCACACACCAAAUAAUUGGCAGCAUUUCUGCUUAUAUUUCAGCAUUAUUUAUUAUUUAUUUUUGUGUUUUGAAAAAGUGAGAUUGCAACUCUGAGAGUGGCAUUUUUUAAAUCCUAGCUGUAUCAAGAGGUCAUCAUUACUGAUUAUCCUGAAGAUGUUUCUUUAUGCAAUGCAGUGGGGUAGCAGAACGUUGGUCUGCAGCUGUCGUUUCCUGCUGGAUGUAAGAACCAAUGGGCCAUAAAUGAAAUGGACGCCAUGGAUCAUCUGAUAGACAGUACAUUAUGAAAUAGUUUUCUCAUUAAAUAUUAUCCAACAUAUUACUAAAAUGAUUCUGUGAUGAUGAGCAAUCAUUCUUUUUGACAGAAAAAGUGCCAUUUAUCAGAGAUUUAAGAAAGACAAUGUUUUAGGGGAGAAUGUGAAUACCAAUAUGAAAGGCUGUCAGAGUAGUUUGUCUCUGUCCAUUGAACAAAUCAAAUAACUGUUGCCUUUGAGCAAGGAAAGUGUGUCCAUAGUUUUUAACCAUGUACAAUACCAUUGUUGGUCACUGAAAACUCCUUGACUUCCACCUCAGGUCUUUACUGGUCAUGUUAAUAGAUCUGUUUGUGCUAAAGCACAACAAGAUCUAAAAGCAAGGCUACAGGUCUACUUACCAUCUGCCUUAUGAAGAUGUUGGUCACAGGUAGCUACAUUUUUCUUUUCAUGAGAAAGCAGUUUCUGAUCUGUAAAUGUUAACAGUGAUUUCUAUUUUACUGAUUCGAUCAACUCUGACCAUUGCCCAUUGGGGCCUAUGGUUAAUAAUGGCUCCAAUAUGACUGCCAUUGACCUAAGCAAAUGGUAUUUUUAUAUUUUUUUGUGAUGGAGAUUGUUGAAAAAGACAAAUUGUAAAUGUUUAAU